AUGAAAUACGUCAUCGAGCACAUGGAGACUGGGUUCUCCGAAUGGACCAUCUUGGAAUACUCCCAGAUUAUCAGAGAUCUCGGCAAGGAGAACUUGUUCUUGACCUCGUUGCCACAGGGCACCACCGAGGCCGAUAUUCCGUCACGCUUAGUAGCUUUAGGACUCCAAUGGACCACUCAGGAGGUUAUCGACAUUGUCGGGGGACAAGAAAAGGCCAAGGAAGUGUGUUUGUUGGACCCAAGAGCCACCCAAGACUUGGUUCCGGCGGAUGCCACCGAGUUUGAGUACUUUGUCUUUGGUGGGAUCUUGGGGGACCAUCCGCCAAGAGACCGUACCGGUGAAUUGAGAAAAAAGUACGGCUUUGCUGGCAGAAGAUUGGGUAAGUUGCAGAUGACUACCGACACUGCCAUCAGAACCACCCAGCUCAUCGUCGCCAACAAGACCGCCUUCGAAGACAUCAAGUUCAUCGACUACCCCGAGUUGAGAUUCUCCACCUAUGAGGCCACUGAGAUGCCGUUUCGCUAUGUAUUGGACACCAACGGCAAGCCGAUUUUCCCAGAGGGAAUGUUGGAGUUGAUCAAGAACGACUCCGAGCAGUCCAUUGACGACCUUCUCUAG